UAAAGACCUAUAAAUGGAGCAAGGCUUCAGGAACAUCUAUACAACUUAUCUGCACAAAUACUCAGUUGCUACAACAUGGCUGUCUCAGUACUUCGGCUGUCAAUUGUCCUUGGACUGCUUUUCUUAAUACUGACUUGUCAUGCAGAUGACAAACCAGAUGAGAAGCCAGAUGACUCAAGCAAAAAACCAGACCAAGGAGAUCAAGGAUUCCCAAACUUCCUAAACCUCCUGGGCACAGAGAUCAUUGAGAAUGCGGUGGAGUUCAUCCUCCGGUCAAUGACAAGGACAGGAUUUGUGGAAUUUGGUGAUAUAAAAGGAGAACAUUCAUCAAAAUGACCUCACCAGGACAUAACUACAUGGCUCCAGUAUAAUCCAAGAGCAGUCUAAUCCUGCUUUUCCAGUUCUUCUGCUUCACAAACCCUCUGGGACAGAAGUCUCAAAGCAGCUCCUAACAAGUUCUCCUGUCGCAGGACCUGUCUUCAGCUAAACACAGUUGAUUUUGGACACCUUGACUUUGCAAUUCUGCUUCUUGAAAUGAGAACAAGUGUUUCAUUUUGGGGGUCACAUAUCUUAAUUCCCUGAAAAUAUUUUUGUUAGUGGGAGUAACUUUCCCAAUCAAAUUUAAAUAUUAUAGUGCUAUAAAACUAUAAAAAUAUUUUAAAUCGUUAUUAGAAUUAACAAAUAUUCAAAACAAGGGAACUAAGAGCCUAGUAAUGUCACAAAUACAAAGUUUCAGAACCAGUAAACAAGAUGAUCUGAACCUGUAUCCAAAGAACAAGGUUUUAGAUGCUAAAACAUGCAUGAACUUUCCAAGUGUCAUACAUUUUUAUUGAAAAGUCUUUCAAAAAUAUCUAAGCAUACCCUAUUAGGUUAGUAAGCUAAAAACUUACCUUUUAAAAAAUGGCUUUUGUCUUUCUGUAGAACCUCAUAUAUGUACUAUUUGACCAGUUCCGGCUUCUAUAUAUAUAUUCAUUUAGAUAGAGACAGAGAUGCACUUAAGCAUCCUCCUUUAGUGCUGCAAAAGAACUUCCCCUGUAGUGCUGUGGCUCAACCCUGUGUCACAAGCAUGUUAAUGAAGGUACCCUAUCUAGUAAGCUAUCUCACCAAGAUAUCUGUUGUUAUUGUUGCUGUUAUUGUUGUUUGUUUUUUAAAUUAACAAAGUUAUUGCUGUUCAUGUAAUAGCAGAAAGUCCUUGAGUAGUCAAGACUGGUUCAUUUUAAUUUUUUAAAAUAUUUUUGUUUAUUAUUUAUUGUUGAGUAGAGAAAUUGAGGGUGGGGAAGAGAGAAAAAGAGACAGAUGCUUGUAGCCUUGCUUCAUCACUCAUGAAGCUUUCCCUCUGCAGGUGGAAACCAGAGGCUUGAACCCAGGUCCUUGUGCACUGUAAUGUGUGUGCUUACCCAGGUAUACCAUUGCCUGGCCUCAGACUGGUUCAUUCUAUUACCUCAUUACACAGAGGUAGUUUUAGGCUGGUAUUGUUGGGGUUGUUGCCCACAAAUUCACAAAGAACGGAACCAUGUAAAUUUUGAUCCAAAAAUGAUAUUCGCAGACUAUUUUAUUUGCAGAGUAACACAAGACUGAAAUCAUUGAGCCUAGUGCCACUACUGCAGUGUUCCAGUUUUAAAAAGAAAAAAAAAUCUAUGUUCUUUUGCAGCUGAGUCCUUAGGUACUACCCUGGAUCCUAUACUUCAUAAGCACUUUGACUGUGAAAGAAACUGCAAUAUAUUCUCAAUAAAUAGUGUGUUUAUUUGUU